AACCAGAGCACCUCAGCGCACCACGCGAAGCCGACAUGCGCGAGGAGCGCACCGGGCUGCGUGCGUCAUCUCUCCGGUAUUCAUAUCCUGCAUCUGAAAGGACCAACACUCGGUUGACGUCAGCCCUUUGCGAUGGAGGACGCAGGCAGCGGCUGGGCAGCCGAGCUCACCUCCACGUGCGCGAUGCACGAGGUCCAUGGAAACGACACGGGUCCGGCCUUUGAGGUGGCGCUGCAGAACGCCUCCUCCGGGCGCAGCCCCCAGUUCGUGGACGUGGAGCUGUUGCAGUCCUUCAAGCUGCUCAUCAUUCCCUGCUACACUCUGGUGGCUCUGGUGGGCGUCUUCGGCAACUACCUGCUCCUCUAUGUCAUAUGCCGCACCCGUAAGAUGCACAACGUCACCAACUUUUUUCUCGGAAACCUGGCCUUCUCGGACAUGCUGAUGUGUGCCACAUGUGUCCCCUUCACACUGGCCUACGCCUUCAACCCACGCGGCUGGGUGUUCGGCCGCUUCAUGUGCUACCUGGUGUACCUCAUCCAGCCGGUGACGGUCUACGUGUCGGUCUUCACUCUCACCGCUAUCGGUGUGGACAGAUACUACGCCACGGUCCAUCCUCUGAAGAAGCGCAUCUCGAUCUCGGCGUGCACCUACCUUCUGUCUGCCAUCUGGCUGCUGUCCUGUGGUCUGGUGGCUCCGGCCGUGGCGCACACGUACCACGUGGCGUUUAAGAACGAGGGCUUCACCAUCUGCGAGGAGUUCUGGAUGGGCCAGGAGCGCGAGCGGCUGGCCUACGCGUACAGCACCCUCUUCAUCACGUACGUCCUGCCGCUGUCGGCCCUCUGCAUCUCGUACCUGUGCAUCUCCGUCAAGCUGCGGAACUGCGUGGCCCCCGGCCACCGCACCCAGAGCCAGGCGCAGGCCCAGCGCGUGCGCAAACGCAAGACCUUCCGGCUGGUGAGCCUGGUGGUGGCGGCGUUCGGCGUCUGCUGGAUGCCGAUCAGCGUGUUCAACGUGCUGCGCGACAUCGACAUCGACCUGAUCGACAAGCGCUACUUUCUGCUCAUCCAGCUGCUGUGUCACCUGUGCGCGAUGAGCUCGUCCUGCUGCAAUCCUUUCCUCUACGCCUGGCUACACGACCGCUUCCGCGCCGAGCUCCGCAAAAUGUUCACGUGCCGCCGCCGUCGCAUCGGAUUGUCGGCCAAUCACUGCGCCACGUUGUGAAGCUGCCGUGUUUCGGGCGACUUGCAUAACUGCCGCCGCUUUGGACAGAAAGGCAACGCAGAGUUGUUGAGUUGAAUAAUGAUCACACUUCAAGCAAGGUAGCCACAUUAUGAGGACCAUAAUUCAGUAUCGCCCAGUAUUAAAAAAACAUAUUUUAACUAACACUAACUCAUUUAACCCUCCUGUUACCUUCAAAUUUACUCACAUAUUUUACCCUCGGGGUCAAUUUGACCCCAGCAAUUAAAACCUCCAAAAAAUUAUUAAAAUUAAUAUUGUUUCCCAAGUUUAAGUGUCACUUUAUGUUUGUUUGUUUAUUACCUAAAUAGCCCUUUAAAUAAAUAAAAAAAGUUGAUAUUUCAUAUGUUUUACAGUGAAAAACAGCCUGGGGUCAAAUUUACAAGUCGUGUACAGGACAUUGAAAACAUAUCAUUUGAAUUUUAGGUUUUCUCAGUUGUCCCCAAUAAAUUAGGAAAAGUCAUGAAAUAUGAAGCAAAAGAAAUGAUGUCAAUCAUUUUUUUAGAGACGUUAAACAUUGAAUGGGGUCAAAUUGACCCAAAAGGUAACAGGAGGGUUAACAGUGCACAGUUUGAAAUGAUUAUGAUCAAUGACUUUCUUUUUUUCUUUUUACACACAUUCUUCUCGUCAAAAGCUGGCAUCUACAUUACCCACAAUGCAGCUCAACCUCAGUUAGGUUGGAGUUUCAGGUGUUACUUGUUAUGACAAAUGAUCCCUUCAAUGGCACGCCUCAAGCAGAGGUUACGAGCGGGCCAGAGAGGUCGGCUAACUUCUUUCUUUAUCCUCUCUUACUUUUAUUUAUUGUUCAAACUUGUAGUCUUCAGCACCAACCAGCGUUGCCUCGAGUGACAACACUGGAGCAAUAUCAGAUUACGAGCAGCUUCCUCUGGAGCCAGAGCAAUCGUAACAUUCUUUCAUCAAUGCAUAUGUAAUAUUAAUAAUAAUAUUUUAGAUUUAUAUAGCGCUUUAUAAAAAUCUCAAAGACGCUUGUGUACUCUCCAAGAACUAUAAACUCGCAUAGAUGUGUAACAUUGUUGGCGUUCUCCUUUAAGCCUGAACGGACUGCCAUGUGGUUGUACUGAUACGAUUGCAUUGAGUAGCCUCACAUUUGUAAAUUAUUAGUUCAACUUGUAUAUUAUGAAACAUAUUUGUUAAUGCACUUCAAGGAUGAGGCUCGUAACCAUGAUUUAUAUUGUUAUUUGUCAAGAGAUACCAUGAAAAGAUCUUACCAAUCAUCACGUUCAUGUCUUAUAUUACUUUUAAAAUACAACGCAAUCAGUUAAUUGCUUCUCUCCCCCCUUCAUUUCUCAUAGAAUAUAGCCAGACAUAUUCUAUAAAAAAAAAACUAUAGUGUGUUCUGUAUUUGUAUUUCCAUUUUUGACAUGUCUGUCCUAAUUAAUUUUUUAAUUGGAAGUUUAGAUUUUUUUUUUUUAUAAUGAUUAAUUCUUGAUAACAUUUACGAGACACAAAGUUCCAUUUGUUUUAAUCACCAUAAAAAACAAACACGCUCUCUUUCCAUGGCAACAUAUUCGUAAUAUAUUAUGUGAGAGCCACUGGUUUGCUUACUUGAUAGAUAAAGUGAAAA